AUGACGCUCCGAGCUGCAGAGUGGCACAAGCUGCCCACGAGCCUCGCUGAAUUAUGUAUAAACACGACGCUACGCUGCGGACAGUCUUUCAGAUGGCGCAAGUCUGCUGAAGAUGAAUGGUCCUGCGCUCUCCACGGUCGCAUACUCUCCCUGCGUCAAGAUGCCACCCAUCUCCACUUCCGCGCCACCUAUCCUGCCAAUGCACCCUCAGUCGCUGCUUCUGAUGACAACACCUUGGCCCUCGUGAACCACUACUUCAACCUCGCCCCCAACCUCAGCGCCCUCUACUCGCAAUGGGCCGCCUCGGACGCAAAUUUCAAGAAACGCGCCCCCAACUUCACCGGCGUCCGCAUCCUGCGCCAGGACCCCUGGGAGGCCCUCAUAGGCUUCAUCUGCAGCAGCAACAACAACAUCAGUCGCAUAUCUGGCAUGGUGCACAACCUGUGUCUGCACUACGGCCCGUUAAUCGGCCACAUCGACAACGUCCCAUACCACGACUUCCCCACGCCCGAAUCCCUAUCCACGCCAACUGUAGAGGCACAUCUCCAGAAACUAGGCUUUGGAUACAGAGCAAAGUACAUUGCGAAAACAGCACGCAUAGUCGCGGAAGAAAAGGGCGUCUCCUGGCUCGAAUCUCUCUGUAACCCUGAGAACCCCCCUUUUGGCAAGGAUCCACAGCCAGGCGGCGAACUCGUCGAGGGCGGGAGGGAAGGCUAUCGCAAGGCCCACACUGAACUCCUGGCCCUCCAUGGCGUUGGACCUAAGGUAUCCGACUGCGUAUGUCUUUUUGGCCUGGGCUGGUCCGAGUCCGUCCCCGUCGACACCCAUGUUUGGCAGAUUGCGCAGCGCGACUACAAGUUCGGGCGGGGAAAACACAGCAGUCUGACCGCGGCGACGUACAUUGCUAUUGGAAAUCAUUUCCGGAAGUUGUGGGGGAAGGAGGCUGGGUGGGCGCAUUCUGUGCUGUUCACUGCGGAUCUGAAGGCCUUCUCGGAGCGAGUCGUGGCCAAGACAGAGGUCAAGGAGGAGGAGGUUGUGGUCAAGAAAGAGGAAGAUGAUGUUGUAGCCGAGGUCAAGGAGAAAAAAGUGACCGCGAAACGAAAGAGGGUGAAGAAAGAGCCUGAUGAGGAGGAGCAGCAAGUUGUUGAUGUCAAGGAGGAGGUCGUUACGAGGAGGAGCAAACGACAGCGAGUCUGA